AUGAUUGCAAUGAGAUUUGUUCUAGUCAUAUUUGCGAUCUGGUGCGCAUUCAGCACUGCGUGCAGUGCAUGGAAACUGGACGGGGAACAUCCGCCUGAAGGCGAUCUGGGUGUGAGACUCGAUUUUCACCUAGCAACUUCUUGGCCGACAAAAUAUGUGAAAAAAGGCCGCCAAAUUCCCCGAACUUUCGCGUGGAGUAGCCAUCUCACAUUUGAAAAAGAUGUCAGCGCGCUUGAAGACAGUGACCUCUGGCAACUCGCACAUCUUGCAUAUGCGGAGAUGGAAGCCAACAUGAAGUUAUACGAGGUUACCGCUAAAAAGGACAAACCCCGAGCCAUGACUGUACUCGCUGUUGGCAACGAGAUAUUCUUGGCUUCGUCAGUGAAGAAGUCAGCUAAUUUUGCAUUCGCCUACCCCAAGACAAAGGUUUCCAAUGCCCUUGAAGAAUGCCAAACGACUUUCCACAAAAAUGGCGGCGAAAGCACAGACGGGCACAAAAAUUCCGCAAACUGUGGCGAGGUAAUGAGUGCUCAAAUGUACUACACCACAGACAAAAAUAAAGACACUCCAUUGAAAGGUCGGGAUGCGAGGUAUUGCACAGUUGUUGCGGAUAAGGACGAUAAGCCUCAAAAUACUGAUCCGUGUUCAUCCAUGUCAACAUGGGGAUGCAACCUGUUUGUCAAGCAGCUGGAGGUGAAACCGGUGGACAUAACGAUAAAAGCACAGCCCUUUGAUUUGGUGGAGAAAAUGGGUAAACCGGUUAUCGACCAGAUCCCUUUGUGCGCUUUGGACUAUAAGCCCCCCGAGGCUAGCGCGACCCCUAAGGCGAGCACAUAG